UAAUAAAAAGGCAGAGAGGAGACGAAGAUCAUAGUAAUGGCCGUUGUAUGAAGACGUUAAACAAGCAACGACGAACAUAAACGCCGCAUUUAAUUUCUCUCUCUCUCUCUCUCUAUUUACACUUCAUCUUCUCUCUUCCUAUAAACACCAUUUUCAUAUUCUUUAACCAACAUUAAACGACGCUUAGCUACCGGCCACCAGCAAAAACUUCCGCCAUUUACAACCACCACACUGUCUAGGUUUCUGCUGAAGUUUCACAUGGAUCCAAAAGCCAUAGCUAUACGCUAUACGUUUAAAAUAUACUACUACAUCAGUGCAGCACAAUAUUAAAAAAAGAUUCAUGGCUUCGGGAACUGAGAGAUUUUAGAAAAGAAUCUUUUCUUUUCUUUUUAAUCUCUUCCUCUGUCUUAAUCUUUACACCGUUAUCUUCUUUGGCAGUUUAGCAACAUCAACUUUUUAUAACCAUGAAGAACAUCGUCUUCGUCUUCAUCUCCGUCGAGUCAUCUCAAAUUUUGAGAACUUCUUUUUAUAACCAUGGCUGCUACUGCUGCUGCUGAUUCUGGCUCGAUUGAAAUCAACGGCGGAGAUGAGUCUGAUUCGAAUGUAAGUAUCAACAAUAACAGUGCGAGUAAAGCAGGUUUAAAAAUGGUGAGAAAAAGAAUGGCGUGCGAGAUGAUGGAAAUGCAAGCGAAUGCGAAUCAGAAUAACCAGAGAUGUUACAGAAGAAUGAUGAUGAUGAUGAACAACAACAGCAACGCCAAUACUCUUCCACAGCACCAACAAGAUGAAAAUUCUGAUUUAUUAAGUGUAAAUUUUAACCCUAACCCGAACCAGAAUCCACACCCGAACCCGUAUCCGUUACUGAAUAACACUAGCAACUACUCCACUAUGAGUAUGACCACUACAAUGUUACCUUCUUCCACAAACAUGACGUCAUCCGGGUCAUUGUGUGGGUUAUUAUCCUCUGCAGGAGCAAACAACUUUUCUUCCAGUGUUCUUACACCCCCAGCCCCAGCUGUUUGUGGCUUCUCUGGUUUACCCUUGUUUCCUUCUCAGACAAACUCCAGAGCUCAAAACGCCGCCGUUUCUGCUGCUGUUACUGCUACUACAAGCUCGUCAAUGGAGGAUGUGUCAGCUACUGCUUGGAUAGACGGUAUUAUUAAAGACCUUAUUCAUAGUUCUACUAACGUUUCGAUUCCUCAGCUGAUUCAAAAUGUUCGUGAGAUUAUUUUUCCUUGUAAUCCAAGUCUUGCUUCUCUUUUGGAGUAUAGACUCCGCUCAUUGGCUGAGCCGAUACCCACUUAUCCGGUUGAUAGACGACGGAGAGAAGCGUUGCCGCCGCCGCAACUGCCACGGGAGUACAAUAUUAAUCAAGGUCAAGCUGGUUCUUCUUCUGGGUUGUCUUUAAAUCUUGAAAAUAUUACUGCUGGUUUUCCAUCGUUAUUACCAGUUAAUUCUACUUCCGCCGUAGCUGCGGUGGCAACCGGUGUUCAACCUCCGGUUGUUAAUCAGUAUUCAAACUGGGUACCAGCUGCUCCGCCGUUGAUUAACCAGCAAAUGCAAGGCAGCCCAUCUUCUACCUCAGUUACACCACCGCCUUUACCAUUAAACCAAGAACAAGAACACGAGAAAUCCUCAUCAGCAGAAACCGAACAACCACCACAGCCACCACCUCCGCCGCAAACCACCGCCAGAGAGAAAAAAGAAGAGCAACGGCAACAAAAACGCGACGAAGAAGGUCUCCACCUUCUAACCCUACUACUCCAAUGCGCCGAAGCAGUCUCAGCAGACCAUUUCGAAGAAGCAAACAAAAUGCUCCUCGAAAUAUCAGAACUCUCAACCCCCUACGGCACAUCGGCGCAGAGAGUCGCCGCUUAUUUCUCCGAAGCCAUGUCCGCCCGCCUAGUAAACUCAUGCUUAGGAAUAUACGCAACGCUCCCAUCAAUGCCCUUAACACACACUCAAAAAAUGGCGUCAGCUUUUCAAGUAUUCAACGGGAUCAGCCCGUUCGUUAAAUUCUCACAUUUUACGGCUAACCAAGCAAUUCAAGAAGCGUUUGAAAGAGAGGACCGGGUUCAUAUUAUUGAUCUUGAUAUCAUGCAAGGGUUACAAUGGCCCGGCUUGUUUCAUAUUUUGGCUUCGAGACCAGGUGGGCCACCUUAUGUGAGGUUAACUGGGUUAGGAACUUCUAUGGAAGCUCUUGAAGCUACCGGUAAAAGACUGUCGGAUUUUGCUCAGAAACUUGGGCUUCCUUUUGAGUUCUUCCCGGUGGCCGGAAAAGUUGGAAAUUUGGACCCAGAUAAGUUGAAUGUUAGCAAGAGGGAGGCUGUUGCUGUUCAUUGGUUGCAGCAUUCUCUUUAUGAUGUUACUGGUUCCGAUUCCAAUACUCUCUGGCUGUUGCAGAGGUUGGCCCCAAAAGUUGUAACAGUAGUAGAGCAAGACCUGAGCCAUGCCGGUUCAUUUCUCGGCAGAUUCGUCGAGGCGAUACACUACUACUCGGCACUAUUCGACUCGUUAGGGGCGAGUUACGGAGAGGAAAGCGAGGAGCGUCAUGUAGUAGAGCAACAAUUACUCUCAAGAGAGAUCAGAAAUGUGUUAGCAGUAGGAGGUCCAUCAAGAAGUGGGGAAGUGAAAUUUCAUAAUUGGAGAGAAAAACUAAGACAAUCUGGUUUUAAAGGCAUUUCACUUGCUGGUAAUGCUGCUACACAAGCUACAUUGCUGCUCGGAAUGUUCCCUUGCGAUGGAUACACUUUAGUCGAAGACAACGGAACGUUAAAACUCGGCUGGAAAGAUCUUUGCUUGCUGACGGCUUCGGCCUGGCGGCCGUUUAACGCUUCGGCUAAUGUUCAUCAUCAGUUCCAUCAGCAUCAGCCGCAGCAGCACCAUCGGCUUGCUACUGCACCGUAGACAUGAUAUGAGUAAACAAUACCAUUAAUUUUUUCUUGAUUUAAUACAUGUUUUUUUGUUCUUUUUGUUUGGCUAAACUGAUCUUCAUAUGUUUAAUUGUUACGUUCUUUGCGUUAAAUCAUGAAUGUGAAAUUUAUUGGA